AUGUCUGGACUCAUCAACCAGACUGAUGGAUCACCCAUUGCACCUGGGUUGACAACAUUGCUGCAUAGUCUACAAAUUCUGUUUGCCAAAUAUGACACAUGCUUUUUGACAUUGCAUUGCAGCACAUGUGUUGUCAUUCAUGAGAAUAAUAUGUUUGCUGUUGUUGAUUCUCAUGCUCGAAAUGCUUUGGGCCUGGUGGAUCCUGAUGGCAGAAGUGUUGUUGCAUAUUUCCAUAACUUGCAGGAACUGUAUACACAUGCAUUAGCCUUGGCUGCAUCACAGCAUGUGAGCAACCAGGCUUUUGAAGUUGCUGGUGUGCGUGCAAUCCCCAGAAUGUCAGCAAUUGAAAGUAUGUGUUUGCCAUCCAGCUCAAGAGUACAUACUGAAAUACUGAGCAAAAUGAAGAGUGUCUAUGCAGAUGUACAGCAGGAAGUGUCACACUCCAAGCAGGGGUGUUCAUCCAGUACAUCAGUACAUAGGAAGCAAGGCUUGAAACGUCAACGCUUUGUGCACGCUCCUGCUGCCAAGAGAGCAAAGACGAACAAUUUUGGUGAUGAUGUAUUCAUUGUUAAAGACACAAACAACACGAGUGCAAAUAAUAGUAAUGAUGUUGUGUGCAUUGAUGAUGCAAUAAGCCAGACUGACGACGAUGUGAUGUGUGUUGGUAAUGGAGCCCAACAAGAUUUAGUGUUUAACCCCCUUCAGUUAGAGGUUGCCAAAGUUUUGUGCAACACUUUAGGGAUAGAAUGUCAGAAAGUUGAUGUGGAAGGAUUUGUAGCAGGCAUAUUAGGACCUCCAUGCAAGAAGCAGCCUAUUGUCGGCGAUGGCAAUUGCUUCUUCAGAGCUGUGAGUCAUGUUUUGUCUGGUAGUGAGAAGUUUCACAGGAAAGUCAGGUUGGCAGUUUGUAAACACAUUGAAUGUCAUCCUGGAUCAUAUGAGCACAUUCUGAGAAAUGAAUUUACCUCUGUCAAAGAAUAUGUUCACAUGUCCAGAAUGCGAUAUGUGGGUAGUUGGGCCACAGAAGUGGAGAUUCAGGCUGCAGCAGAUUGUUUCGGGGUUAGCAUUUUUACCUACAUUGACAAUCGAUGGCUUCAAUACAGCUGUCAAGGUCGACAAUUAUCAGAACAGGCAGUGUAUUUGGAGAACUGUAAUAACAUCCAUUAUGAGGCUGUUGUCUGUGUUCGACAACCUAAUGUGGACUGUGAUUGCUGUGAUUUCUGUAAAGGUGCUGUUGCACAUAGUACCAACUAUGGUUUGACACAGGUGAGCAAAGAUGCGCCAUAUAACCUCAGGACAGGAUGUCAGGACUUCAAGCAACAGAGUCAUCACAUUUUAAGUCCUUCACAUCAUGAAAAAAGGUUGUCAAAAUAUCUUAAAAAGAAGAAGUUUUUGCAAAUGAAAAUUAACUACCACAAAAACUUCUUGGAUUACAACAGACGUAACCAACAUGUUAGGAAUAGAUAUAAGCACAAUCUGUUGUAUCAACAGAAACUCAAGGCUUUAAGUAAGGUCAAAUACUUAGAUGAGGUGCACAAAGAAGAUGUUAAAAACAGAAUCAAAAUUAAGUAUAGAGACGAUAAUACCCACAGACAAAUUGUUAAAAAUAGAAGCAAGGACAGGAGCAACAUUAAAUAUAGGGACGAUCAUACCCACAGAGAAAUUGUUAAAAACAGAAGCAGGGACAGAAGCAAAAGUAAAUAUAGGGACGAUAAUACCCACAGACAAAUUACUAAAGACAGAAGCAGGGAAAUAAGUAAGGUUAAAUAUGGAAAAGCUGCAUUUAGACAGACAAAAAUAAACUUAGUAAAGACAAAUUACCACCAGAACCCAGAACACUUCCUUGCAUCUAAGAAACUUAGAAUAUUAAAAAGGAAGGCAAAACUAGAACAGAUGGACUUUGUAAUUGAGCAGUUUUUGGAAAAAAUCAAAGAUGGGCCAGCAUUUGUGUGCAGUGUGUGCCAUAGACUGUUGUUUAAACACCAGGUUUCGCGUUGUAAGCUAGACAAGUACAGUAGCAAUACAAAGACAGCUGGUGUCGCAGCUAGAUGUAUUAAAGAUGUGUAUGUGCAUAAAUGUAUGUCUUCUUGUGCCGUACCAUGUGUUUUGAAAGCUUCCCCUCGUGGUAGUUUGUGGAUUUGUCAUUCAUGUCAUGGCAAGGUCAGUAAAGGUGACGAGCCAGCUGAGAGCGCAUCCAAUAAUCUGACCGUUGAUCCAAUUCCACCUGAGUUGGCUUGUUUAAAUCGCCUAGAGUCGCAUUUAAUUGCACUCCAUAUCCCCUUUUUGAAGAUGGUAGCUCUUCCUAGAGGUGGUCAAAAUGGUGUUCAUGGGCCGAUUGCAUGUGUUCCAGCCAACAUUGUCCAAACCAGUAACGCGUUGCCACGUUCAAACAUGGAAGGUUCAGUUAUUCCCGUUAAACUGAAGCGCAAGCUUACUUAUAAAGGACAUUAUGCAUACGAGUAUGUUGACCCUAUGCAUAUCAAGAAAGCACUGCAUUAUCUGAAAGAGAACAAUCCGUUCUACAAAGAUGUGCAAUUCAAUGAUGACUGGAUAAAUGAAUUUUGCAGGGAUGAGAGUGCUGACAAACAGCAGCAGAGUAUUGUUGAUGAACAGGGAGGAUCAAAUGCAGAGAGCUCUGAGGCAUCUGCAGCUGAGGCAGCUGCAGCUGAGGAAGAACUUCUGCAUGAUCGGCAGCAGCAUUGCAUGUUUCAAGACACAUGCUCAAUGCCUGUUGAUAUUGGCCAGGAAGCGCUGGACCAAUAUUUUGAUGGUGUUUUGAACUUGGCUCCAGCUGAUGGACAGAACCCUGUGAAGGUUUUGACAACAAAGGAGAACGAGGCCAAGUGUUUCCCUGUGUUGUUUCCAAAAGGCCGUGGAACAUUUUUUGAUAAUAGAAAAUUUUCUCUGACUCUGUUCCGCUAUUUGAGCAACAGGCUAUAUCAUGCUGAUGGUAGGUUUGCGCAGAAUAUUGAGUUUAUUUUUUAUGCUUGUUACAUGCUUGAGUUACACCAAGUCAUGUCCAGUGUGUCAAUUGCGUUGAGAAAAGGGAAAGCCAGUAAGGUCAGAACAAAGAUUAGUGAUGUAUUGAAAGAUGAAGACAACCUGCGUGACCUUUUAAAUCAUGAUGAUGGGUACCGGUUUUUAAAACCUGUAAGGGGUACUCCAGCAUUUUGGCAGGGAAUUCAGAAGGAUUUGUUAGCAUGCUUGCGACAGCUUGGCAAACCUGCAUGGUUUUGUUCAUUUUCUGCAGCAGAUUUGAGGUGGAAGGAAUAUUUAGAGAACAUUCUUAGGGCAGAGGGGCGAACACAGACAUUUGAGGACCUGGAGUGGGCAGACAAGUGCGACCUGUUGCGUCGUAAUCCUGUACUCGCUGCUCGCAUGUUUGAUUAUCGCUGGCAUCUGUUUUUGAAAGAGGUGUUGAUGUCUCCAGCAAAUCCAAUUGGCAAAAUCCUCGACUACUUUUACAGGGUGGAGUUCCAGCAGCGUGGCUCUCCACACGUUCAUUGUCUGUUUUGGAUUGAGAAUGCCCCUGUAAUUGAUGUAAACACAGAUGAUGAGGUUGUUCAGUUUAUUGAUAGAUAUGUUUCAUGUGAACUACCUAACAACACUGACGAUUUACAUGAGGUUGUUUCUUCAGUGCAGCAGCAUUCAAAGCAGCACUCCAAAACUUGUAAAAAAGGUGGAAAACAGUGCCGCUUCAAUUUCCCAAAACCAGUGUCUGCUAGGACUUUCAUUUCCAGGGCAUAUAAGGAGGUUGAGAUGGAGUGCGUGUGUCAGCGCAACGUCCAUAACAUAGUAGAACAGUGCACUUGUGGCAAGGAAGAAAAUGAGAAGAAGCACAAGCAGGAAGGGGAAUUUGCUGUUAAGGUUUUUGAAUUAAUAGCUAAAGCGUUGUCAGACGAGAACUGCACAAUUCAAACUGCAGAUGAGCUAUUUGCGAGUAUAGGUAUACGACAGGAGACAUUUGAGGCAGCAUACAGGAGGUUAGGGAAAAAGACAGAGGUGAUUAUGCGACGGCAGGUUACUGAUACGUGGAUCAACCCACAUUCCAAGACUCUGUUAAAAGCUUGGAAUGCAAACAUGGACAUCCAGUAUGUGACUGAUGCUUAUGCUUGUGUAGUUUACAUCAUUUCAUACAUCUCUAAAGCAGAAAGACAGAUGGGAUUGAUGUUAGCAAAUGCACAGCGUGAAGCAUCUAAGGAAGACAACCUCAGUGCCAAACAGGCUUUGAACAGGCUAGGAAGUGUUUACCUUCACAACCGAGAUGUUGGAGCUCAGGAGGCAGUCUACAAGCUCAGCAACAUGCACUUAAAAGAGUGCUCUCGGAAGGUGGUUUUUGUACCGACAGGUGAUAAUGUUGUCAGGAUCAGCAAGCCAUUGACUGUGUUAAAAGACAUGGCUGCUGAAUCCACAGAACAGAUGUGGAUGAUCAACUUUGUUGACCGUUAUAAAAACAGACCCAGAGAUCAUAUAUUUGAAGCCAUGUGCCUUGUCCACUUUGCUGCUGAGUAUCGUGUGCUCUACAAAGGUGAAAAAUCAAAAAACCGAAUUGAACUUGAUAACGGCUGUGGGUCUGUGUUGAGAAGAACCCGUACGCAGCCUGCUGUUGUAAGGUACGCAAGAUUCUCUGAGACUAAAAGUCCAGAGUUAUUUCACCAAAGCAUUUUGCAGCUGUUUCUUCCGUAUCGUACAGAAGAACAGCUAAAGCCAGAGGGAUUUGUCACUUUUGAAGACUUUUACAAAACUGGCCGUGUCAUCAUUGCUGAUGGACAGCUACGUUCAGUGAAGUCAGUUGUGGACUCAAAUCGCUGCAAUUAUGAAAUAGAUGCUGAUGACUUAGAUGAGGUUUUGGAUUCUGUAAAUUUUGAUGGUCCUCUAGAAGAUGCGUGGGGGCAAUUGUUCCCACAGCAAGAAACUGAACGCCUGGAGUCAAUCCAGGAACGGGCAGAGCAGAUAGAGGUAGACAAUAACCCAGUGGAACAUAUUCCUGAUCUGGCUGGGGGUAUAGAGCAGGCUAAGGUAACUAAGUGCAACAAUUUAAGUAGAAGCGAGGGAUUGGCAUUAUGCAGGUCUUUAAAUGAUGACCAGAUGCGUGUGUUAAACAAGGUCCAUCAGUGGUGCGUUGUUAAAGCAGCAGGUAGAAACCCAGACCCCUUUUAUGUGUUUGUAACAGGUGGUGCUGGCGUUGGAAAAUCGCAUUUAAUCAGAGCGAUUCAAUACGAGGCCACAAGGUUAUUGUCACCAAUGUGUCGACAACCUGACAAUAUCAGUAUUUUGUUGACUGCACCAACAGGGAUUGCUGCAUAUAAUCUGCAUGCAACCACCCUGCACAGUACAUUUAGCAUAGGGAAAGAUGUUCGCCUCCCUUAUGUGCCAAUAGGUGAAGAAAAGCUAAACACAUUGAGAAUGAAAUAUUGUGAUCUCCAAAUCUUGAUAAUUGAUGAAAUUUCUAUGGUGGAUCACAAUAUGCUCACUUAUGUGCACGGGCGACUUCGCCAAAUUAAACAGACAGGCAUUCACACUCCAUUUGGAAAUGUGAGCGUCAUGGCAGUGGGGGAUUUUUAUCAGUUGCCUCCAGUGAAAGGAAAACCGUUAUACAUGGAACCACUUGGAGUUGAUCUUUGGAGCACUCAUUUUAAGGUUGUCAAGUUGACAAAAGUAAUUCGGCAGACAGACGAAGAUUUUGCCGGACUACUGAAUCGAGUUCGGACGCAUCCAAAAGACUCAGACAUGUUGCAAAGUGAUAUCACCACUUUGAAACAGCGAGAAACUGGCGAAGAAUGCUCAGGUUUGCAUAUAUUUGCCACAAAUAGCCAGGUCAAUGAGCACAACUUUGAGCAGCUGCAAAGAACAUGUCCAGAUUACCAUGUAAUACAGGCUCAGGAUUAUAUAAACAACUCAAAAACAGGCAAACUGGAAUUGAAAAAAGGCUAUCAUACACUAACAUAUAACACUUGUUUAGAUGCAAAAUUGUUAUUGGGUACUGGCUCUCGUGUCAUGUUGACAAAAAAUUUAGAUUUGGCUGACGGCUUGGUUAAUGGUGCAUGUGGCACAGUAACAGAUGUAGUUUGUGUUGAAAAUGAAAAGUUUCCUCAGUGUAUUUUUGUGAAAUUUGAUGAUGAAGUAGUUGGUGUUGAGAGGAGGAAACAGUCAGGAAGGGUGUCAGAUCAUCUUGUUGGUUCCACGGCUAUUACACCGGAGGAAGAAAGAGUGACAAAGAAGGGAGGUAUGCGCCGUCAAUUUCCGCUUCGUCUCGCCUGGGCCUGUACUGUACACAAAGUACAAGGCCUCACAGUUGAUACAGCCAUAGUCAGUAUGAAAAAGGUGUUUUCUGCUGGUCAGGCUUACGUGGCUUUAAGUCGUGUCAGGACUCUUAUGGGAUUGAUCAUUCAAGAUUUCAAUCCCAAAAAAAUCUAUUGUCGGCCAGAAAUCGCUCAGGCCACUUCAAGGAUGGCUUCGUUCCUAGAACCUAUCACCUGGCAAGGGAGAGUGGAGGACACUUUGACAGUGUUCCUCAUGAAUGUUCAGGGUUUGAGACGCCAUGUGUCUGACUUGGCUCAGCACACACAGCAUUUGCAGCCAGAGUGCAUUGCUGUGACUGAGACGUGGUUGCAUCCAGGUUGUUCCUCUGAGACACUCAAGAUAGCCAACUACUCUCUGCAUAGUUGUCCACGAGCUCUGGCAUAUGAUGGUCAAACUGCCCCAUUUGCCUCUUUGCAGGCAAAAGAACAUGGGGGAGUUGCAAUGUAUUGUGAUGGAAUUAUGCAGUUUGCAAUCAUCAAGGUGCCUUGUUUCAAUGUGGAAUGUUUGGUGUACCACUGCAUAAACCUCAACAUUUUCCUUACAGUCAUAUAUCGGCCUCCAACCUACCCCAUGACACUAUUCAAACAAAAUAUUAUCAAAUUACUCCAAUGGCUGGAACAAAUUGGCAAAAACAUUAUUGUCAUGGGAGAUUUCAACGAUGACAUAUUGAAGGCAUCUUCAAUUUGCAAAUUUUUCCAAGAUAGAGGUUAUGAUCAGGUGAUCACCCAGCCUACCACAGAGCGAGGCACUUUGAUUGAUCAUGUUUAUGUGAGAGGGGGCAUUUUCCACACACAAGCUGAAGUAAUGCCUUCAUAUUUUAGCGACCAUGAAGGUAUUUACUGCAGCUUUAAAAUUUGUGAUUAA